UUGCUAAUUUCUCUCAUUUCACUCAAAACUUUGCCACCCUUUUCCCGCCAACACCCACAAAGCCACCGUCAACUCCAUUUCUCACCGGAGACCGCCUUUCUCUCUCCUCCUCCUCCGAUUUGAAACCUUCAAACCGCCGUCAAUGUCGACAAAGCUCUGAAUUUGUUAGCAUGAUAUCACAGUUUCUCAAAUGAGAUAGUAGGGGAGGAAGCGUUAUUGCGUAUUCAAACUCUCUGGUUUCUUAAGUUGCAUGUAACUACUUUCAUCGCGGUAAAUAAGCUUAAACUUUUAGAAGGGUGAGAAAAAAACUGAAGAAAGCAGGUAACUUUUGGGAAUGGAUAGAAGUGGAGAUGCAGAAGCAGUUUUAGAUCUUCAGCCCAACUCUUCAAUAUCUGUGGCUUAUCAUCCAGAUUUUGGUCCUCAUGACGAUCUACUCCUCCUUGAACUUGAUGAAAAGCUUCUUCCUGAUGUUCUCUGUGAAAGAGUUUCUUUGAGGGGAGAGCCAGAUGAAGAGGCGGUGUUUUGUACUCACUCAAAGACUUACGGGAUCAAAUUCGUGGGUACUUCUAAUUCAGUUUUUCUCAUCCCUCCUACAAACACGCUGUCGUUUCCCAAAAAUGCUAUGAACGUCGACUGUGAUGAGCAAAAGUUUGACAAACCAGCUUCGAUAUCAGUGUUAAAGGUGGCUUCGGGUAACUUGGAGCUCGUUGAGGUUGCUCCCAGAUUAGAUAAGCUGAAAUUGCUUCUUUUGCAGAAACCUUUUAGCAUUGAAGAGGUAUCAGAAAUGGAUACUUAUUCAGGGAGUGAGGAACAUAUCUUUGUAUACAGAUGGGAUGAUCUUAUUGGACGGAUUCAAGCAAGUGAUAGUGAACUAAGAUUGGGUUUAGAAGCUCUUAAUGCUUUAGAGAUCAAUGGAUUUUGGAGAAUCUUAGAUGAUAAGUGCAUUGAUUCAGUCUUGAACAUGCUUUUGCAUAACGCAGUGUUAAAUGAUUGGUCUUUCGAUGCACUACCAGAAAAUGAGGUUGUCAGUGUAAUGGAGUCUGACGGGUUUCCAUCCAAACUUUCCACACAUUGUUUGAGAGUUUAUGGAAGUAAAGUGGAUAAUAAUGAUCAUGAUGGUGUAUCUUUGUGGAAAUUGAAUGAAAAAGAGGUUUGUUUGCAUUUUGCCAGAAGAAUUCUGAGGAACGGGAAAGUGAAGAAGGACAAGUUUUUGGUGGAAUGGAACAGCAAAAUUCCUCGUGGAAUGCAUACGAGGUUUGAGAUGUUGGAAGGUGAAGUCUUGACAGAAAGGAUCGGGGUCGAGAUUUGGAUUCAUGCUUUUAGCGUUUCUUCUCUUCCGUCAACUCCUGCUGAGCGUUUCUCGAUUCUCUUUAAAGAGAGACCCAAAUGGGAAUUGAAGGACCUCGAUCCUUACAUCAGGGAUCUGAAAGUACCAGGGCUUUCUUCCGAGGCUUUGCUGCUCAAAUAUACGAGACGAUCCCAACCGAGACCUGAUGUUGAACCCAUUUUCAGUGCAAGGUAGUUGCAACGACAUGUUCGAUACCAUUACAGGCUUCUCUGUAUCAGUAAAUGAUGUAUUGAUGUAUACUUCAAUAUUGAUUAGUCUGUUUUUUUUUUUUUGAUUUUUUUCCCUUGAGGGGAAGAUUAGUCUGAUUACAUGUUAUUAAUUAUUAUCAGAGAUAUACUACCCAGGAGUUUAUCAAGUUGUGAUGUACUUCCAGGAGUAUGUUUACUGUAAUUCUAGUAUUUAUGCACGCGAUUCAUGCCAAAAUAUGUGAAAAUCAAAAUAUGUGUGCCUAUGGCCAUGGUACACAUUAGGAAUUCCCUUUGUAAAACACCAAAAUUCUACUAAUUGUUGUGGAAUUUCCAAAAAUGACUUUAGAAACUAUUUGUUGA